ACCGGAAGUGGUGCCUGCUUGGCGGUUUGUUGUUGUUGUCCGGCGUGAGGCACGCGCACGUACAAGCCCGUACAAGUGUUGUCGUGCAGAUUUCUGUCCCAUCGGAAGAGUUGCAUUUGACUUUUAAUGCACUUUGAGGCCAUGAACAGUUCGAGACGAUGAGCUAAUCUGGGCCGCAGUUCGCUCGGCUGGGCUCAGAUAAGUGUUGGCGGAGGAGGGACGGUGAGUGAAUGAAACGUCGCCCGCAGCAGUGGAACAAAGGGGUCCUCUUCCCUGGACCUCACCAUUGUUUAACCCGGAGCGAGGGCGCCUCUUUCCCCAAAGUGGUCCGAAGGUAAGGGGCAUCCUGUGCUCCAGUCAUGACCGCUGGGAAUGGCAAUACAAACAGUAGCCGAUACAGAGGAGAGAGCAAGCCAGCCCAGACCGUAGUUAAAUCCCACAUCCUGACCCAUUUAAUAGAGGGCUUUGUUAUCCAGGAGGGUGCUGAGCCUUUCCCUGUGGAACGUCCUUCUUUCUCAGUUGAUUGCCUCAGAAGACACACGUCUGACUCAAGAAUGAAUGGGCUUUCAUCAAAGGAUUUAAAGGCUCACCAAGAGCCCAUGCUUACCUGUGAGCUUUGUGGCAAGGUGGACUUUGCGUACAUCUUCAGAAGGUCCAAGAGGUUCUGUUCGACACUAUGUGCGAAAAGAUACAAUGUAGGAUGCACAAAAAGAAUGGGUCUCUUCCCAAACCGCAAAUCUACCACUGAGGACAUGAAGAAACAAAGAGGACUGAACGAAAACAACAAAAACUCCAGUUUGGAGUCAAAAGACAAGACGUCUUCCUGCGUGCGGAAGUCUGCUGGUCACAUGACUCACGCCGCACAGGGAGAAUCGAGCCAAUGUUCAGACUUAUCCAGCUAUAAACCAGACCUGCCCCCUCUCUCGGCCCACCAGUGGGGGCCUCGAGCGCAAGGCACUGAAGUCCCAACGGACCCCAGCCAGUGGAACGUGGACGACGUUUACGUUUUCAUCUGCUCUCUGCCAGGUUGUCUGGAGAUCGCGGAAGGCUUUCGUUCGCAAGAGAUCGACGGUCAGGCUCUGCUCCUGCUGAAGGAGGACCAUCUCGUGGGGGCCAUGAACAUCAAACUGGGCCCCGCGCUCAAGAUCGCUGCCCAAAUUGGCAUGCUCAAAGACAAAGUUAAUUGACAAAAUUACGUCACAAUGACGGCGAUUUCAAAUCCACCUGUUUUCCAAGCCUCAUGCCAUAGCUCAUCUCUCAUGCAUGCAUUUUAUAUUUAAUCUUUGGUGCAGGGAAUGAGUCAAAAUGUUACAUGGCGCGUAAUACUGUACGCGGGUACUUUCAAGAAGUCCUUUGUUUCACAGUAGUUAAAAGGUUAGAUUGUCACUUUUUUGCUAUAAAACCAGUGAUGAGCAGCAGCAGUUUUUGAGCCUUUCAACAAAAUGCAGAAUAGCUGAAUUUUUUUUUUUUUUUAGAGAGACGCAAGAGUUUGUGUUGAUAUUUUGCAGAGCUUUUCGUAUGGUUUGUAGGCUGACAGACCCACAAUCCCUCACCAUGUAUUUUAUACAACACAUGCAUUAUUAGCACAGCGAACACAUUCUUGCAAAUCCUUUUAUGACGUUGGUGGUGUGUUUUCCAAGCCCAUCGAUACAGCCGUUUGUGUAGGACACUGUUAUAUAUGUUUACCCUUGAUUUGUCUCAAGAGCUGUUCAAUUCCAUCUAUCUUUUUAUGCCAACCGGAGUUAAAUAUUCCAGCCAAGAAACUAUAAUAAUCUCCUAACGGCGGUGCAAAUGAUUGACAACACCCCUCGCUCACACCUUGUCGCUCUACUCUCUGAUUGGCUGUUCUUGUUGCACAAUGACACAUUUUAAAUAAUUAGUUAGAGGCAUAUAAUGGGGCCAGAUGGAUGAUUUUUUCUAAAGAUUAAUAAUACAGUGGAACCUUGGUUCAUGAACGAUUUUUUUUAAAUAAAAAUUACCUCGGGUUACACACUUUUUUCUGUUUAUGAACAGUCUUGGCACAGCCGGAGAAAGAUCAGAACUUUGUGCUUUUUCCCACGCUGCAUAAAUAUCAUUGGCUCCGUGCUUCGGAUAUCUUUGUUUUUUGCCUAAAAUGGCCGCCACAUCCCGCAAAGCAAUGCAAAAGCUGCGCUGCAUUAUGGGAGGUGGUGGCCAUUUAGGGCUAUCAGUAACCACAGUGAACAUCAACAUUGCUCUACCCGAAAAGGCUAAGACACUGCAAAGUGAUUUGCUAGCGAACAGUUAUUAUCAUAAAUUGUGUUCUCCGCUAUUUCUAUAUUGCUUUUUAACCACACAGUGAUCAAAAUAAGGUAAAUAUAAUGUCAGUCUGGAUGAAUUGCAUUUACAUUCAUUUUAGUGGGAAUCCUUACCUCUGUUUGCGAAUGUUUAAAUUUGAGAACAGGGUGAUGGAACAAAUUAAUUUUGUAACCCGAGGUUUCACUGUAUUCUAGUGUCAGGUCAUCCAGACCGUCCGUCUAACGUAUGACAAAACUUUUUUUUUUUUUUGAACUGCAAACUUCACUUUUAAAUACAUUGACACUAUUCACACAGCAAUCUGGGAUUUAAACUUAGCAUUUCACUGAAUUGAUUCCAAAACAUUACAUCUUGAACAUGUUUAUGUAUUUUAUUAAAAAUAAUAUUUUCUUCA